AUGGGUCCGCCUGGGCCGGGGCAAGGAAACAGUCCCGAGAUGGAACAGGGGCAGAGCAACAACAACAUUUCAAACGGCAACAGGGAGCAAAGCUCCUUCGCUGGCGCAAACAGCAAUGCCGCUGCAGGCGCUGCGGGAGCGUCACAAGGACCAAAAGUAGUCCAGACAGCUUUCAUCCACAAACUCUACAGCAUGCUGGAGGACAAGAGCAUUCAACACCUCAUCUCCUGGUCAAACACUAACGAGAGCUUCGUCAUGUCACCCUCGAAUGAGUUCUCGAAAGUCUUGGCUCAGUACUUCAAACACACCAACAUCUCCUCUUUCGUGCGGCAGCUAAACAUGUAUGGCUUCCACAAAGUCAGUGACGUUUUCCACACUGGUUCUCCGGAAUCGGCACUGUGGGAGUUCAAGCAUGGAAACGGCAGCUUCAAGAAGGGCGAUUUGAUGGGUCUGCGCGAGAUCAAAAGGCGCGCCUCUCGUCACACGCUAAUCCACCGAGAUUCCUUUUCAAAUGCCAAACCAGGUGUAUCGCAGCCGGGGACACCUGCUGAAGUCAUGCCGGAUACCGACCAGCGUCUGGCAGGCCUCGAGCAAGCGUUUUAUGACGUGCACGCAAGACUGCAAAGGACAGAAGAAAGCUACUCAUUGCUGAGCUCGAGGUACUCUGCUCUGACCGAAGGACUGGUGCGAUGUCAUCAGUGGACGCACAAUCUCACUAGCGCAAUUCAGAAUCUGUCGUCGCCUGAAUCCGCUUUGCAUCGGGACAUUACGGAAAUGCAGAAAGAGAUUGCGCGACAACUGGAAUAUGUGCGCGCUCUGGAGACCUCUCCAGAGUCUUUGCAGAACGGCCGACAAUCGUUCUAUCCCGGCAGUUCCACAUUGGAGCCGCCGCUUUCGCCAAGGGGAUACAAUUUUGAUAGCCGAAGAUCCUCCGUCCAGAUCGAGCCACAGCAUGUGGGAUUACGUCCUCCUGUCCCACCCAUACCACCACAAUUUUCUUCCUCACCACGCCGCUUUGGCUCGAUCAGCAUACCGCACGUUUCUCCAGGAUUCAGUCGGCCUGCUCUCCCGCCGCAGCCGCCGCCCAGCGUGCAUCCCUUGGCAUCCGUGGUUACGCCUCCACCAAUGAAUUUGGCUCGAAGGCACACGUCAGCUGAUAUCCGAGAACACUGCUGGCCGCCCGCCAACGGCAAUGGGUCCCCCUACGCCUCUGGGCAGUCUUCGGUCCAAUGGCAGCCUUCUUCGCCCCAGCAGCCGCCACAAGCACCAGGAGAUCAGGCGAUUCGGGACCAACUUGCCUCCUAUGAGAUCAACGGCCCCAAGAGGACUCCGGCAGUCAUUCAGGCGAGCCAGCCGACGCCGCCGCUCACAUCCAGCUCCGAGGCCCCUCCAGUCGGGCUAGGAGUGGAAGCGUCGUCCUGGGCGCUGGGAGGAAGCAGGUUCCCACGGCCCAACUUCGAGCUACAUUCGGCGCCAGCCACGCGUAGAGGUAGCAUGGCCACCCUACAUUCGCUGCUCAACCCUGCGGAGACCGCGGAGCAGGAUAACGAGGAUGAUGGUCCUGGCCACACUCGCGAGGAUGACCGCAAACGAAAACGAUUGAUCUGA